AUGACUAGUUACUUAUGUGGCUUUUUAUUUUUGAGAAUAAUUCUCUUUGAGAAAAGAGGUAAGAUUAUUAGUAUUCCAGUUAGUUAACAACAACUAUGCAUCUUAUCCUGAGAACUUGGUUUCAGCGAGGUUGGGGAGAGUUUUCCAUGAGAAUCCUUAAAUUGUACUCUAGUCUUUCUUUAUUGCUGAAUACCCGAUUAUCAUCAAUCGCCUUAUGUUACUAAAAGAUAGAAUUGAUAGAAGGGAUAGGAAAAGGUAGCUUCUCGAUUAUUACAUCAUCAUAAGAUAAAAUAAUUUUUGA